AUGUCAACAAUGGACAAAGAACGAUUUUCUAUGCUGUUGUUGGAGCCAGGUGAAAUUUUUUUUCAAGAUUACAGUGUUCGAAUGAAAUUAAAUCAAACAUCAGAUGGUGAAAAGUAUGAUUGGAUGGAUGGGCGAUUAAAAUUAUGCUCGAAAUCAUUAGUAUUUGUUAAUAAAGAUAUUAAUGAACCACUUAUAAAACUUCAAAUGAAAGAAAUUAUAUCAAUUGAAUGUGUCACAGAUGAAAAUAACGAAUCCGGAAACGUUCUAACUAUUGCGUGUAAACAAUAUGCUGAAAUGCUUAGAGGAAAUCGCCUAGAACCAUAUAAAUUUAUACAUAAAAAAGUAAACUUUUUAUUAUCAUUUAAUUAUGCUAAUCCAGACGAUUGUCUUCCACAUAUCAUGCAACUUUUACGAGCAUCAACAUUGCCUACGGCUGAACAAAACGCUAUGAUAAUGAUUAUCGUACAUUCGAGACAGUCGAGAUUUAAUUUUGAUACAUCUUGGCUUGAAGAUUUAUAUGAACAAGUUGUAUUCGAAGUACAAGCUAGCAAAGUAUUACCUCUAAUUAUUAAUCCUGGAAGAGUUUUAUUAACAAAUUCACGGAUAUAUUUCCAGCCAUAUAAUAAUUUAGAUCAGCAUCCAGUUUUAAAAAUAAAUUUAAAAAAUGUUAAGAAUAUUAUAAAAAGAAGAUUUUUAUUACGACCAAUUGGCUUAGAAAUAAAAUGGACCAAACUUCCUGAAAAUAAAGUUGAAUAUUUAUUUUUAUCAGUAAAAAGUCAAGAGGAUCGUGAUAAACUUUAUGAAAAUUUAUUAAAUCAGCCAAAUCUUGAGCUUGAAAUUGUGCCACAAAACAAAAUGACAAUACAAUGGCAAAACGGAGCUUUAUCUAAUUAUGAGUAUCUUUUAUACAUUAAUAGUUUAGCUGAUCGAACAUUUCAUGAUUUAACACAAUAUCCUGUAAUGCCAUGGAUUAUACAGGAUUAUUCAUCACCUACUAUAGAUUUCAAUGAUCCAAAAAAUUAUCGUGAUUUAACGAAACCUAUCGGUGCCUUAGAACCGAGUAGAUUAGAACGAUUAAAAGAAAGAUAUGACGAAAUGUCUGGUAAAAAGUUUUUGUAUGGAUCUCACUACAGUGCACCUGGAUUCGUAUUAUUUUAUUUAGUAAGGAAAUAUCCUCAAUACAUGUUAUGUCUUCAAAACGGUAGAUUUGAUCAUCCUGAUCGAAUGUUUAACAAUGUAGCGGACGUGUGGAAAAAUGUAUUGGCAAAUAUGUCUGACUUCAAAGAACUUGUUCCUGAGUUUUAUGACCCAAGUAAUAAUGGUGACUUCCUCGUCAAUAAUUAUGGUAUUGAUUUUGGAUUUCGUUUUGAUGGGACCAAAGUUAACGAUGUCUUGCUACCACCUUGGGCAAAUGGACCUGGUGAUUUUGUUAAAAAAUUAAGAGAUGCAUUGGAAAGUGAUUGGGUAUCCGAAAAUCUUCACCACUGGAUUGAUUUAAUUUUUGGUUACAAACAAAGAGGCGCAGAAGCUGAAAAAGCCAAUAAUGUAUUCUUUCAUCUGUGUUACGAAGGAGCUGUUGACUUAGAUACCAUUCAAGACAUUAAUGAUCGUCAUGCUUUAGAAGUCCAAAUCAUGGAAUUUGGACAAAUUCCUAAACAAGUUUUUACAUUGCCUCAUCCAAAACGUCUUGUUAAUACGAUUAAUUUUUUAUCAGCUGACUUAUCAUCAUGUCAAUUAGUUUUGAUGAGUGAAAGCAAAGAAGAUGAAGCAAAUAGUUUAUCACUUGAGCAAUAUAUUGUAUUUUCGUCCCAUAAAGAUGUAAUAACUAACAUAAAUUUUAUGGGUGAUUCAGAAAAUAUUGCAUCAGUUGGGCAGGAUGGUGUAUUAAAAAUUUACUCAAUGAGUACUAAAAAAUUAACACGAAGCAUAUCACUAUCAAAUUUACCUUUAUCUUCAUGUAUAUUUUAUAAAACUAAAAAUAAUCAAAGCAUCCUAGUUGUUGGAUCGUGGGAUAAUACAUUGAUAUUUUAUGAUGUAGAGUUUGGUAAAAUAAUUGAUGUUCUGAUGGGACAUGAAGAUGCAGUAUCAUCAUUAGAACUUAGUCCGACAAAAAAUAUUUUCAUCUCUGGAUCUUGGGAUUGUACUGUAAAAAUAUGGCACAGCUAUGAAUCUGGUACAAAAAUUAAACCUCAUGAGUGUUUAAUUGCUCAACUUGAUCACGACUCAAAAGUUACCUGCUUAAGUAUUUCAAAAGAUGAAAAAUUGUUGGUAUCAGGUACCGAAGAUGGUGAAAUUUUUUUAUGGAACAUGGAUACUUAUAAUUUACAUUUUAUGGUGAAAGAUCACGAGUCGAAAAUCAAUGCGAUGACAUUUGAUUUAGAAUGUAAAAAUAUAAUCUCAUGUGCAAGUGAUAAAUUAAUAAAUGUAUUUGAUAUUCAAACGAGUACGAGAAUAUACAGUACGUCGUUAGAUAAUGAACCGAUGGCUUUCGGUUGGAACGGUCCAUUACUGUUAGUAGGUGAUGAUAAAGGCUAUCUUUCGUUUUGGGAUUCGCAUGGAGCUUCGUUUAAAUCCAAAAUACAAUGUCAUAAAGGACCAUUAACAGCAAUAAUAAUUACAACAGAUAACAAAUUUGUAAUAACUGGCGGUAAUGACAAAAAAAUUAUUGUGUGGAAUUGUCAUCAGUAAUAAAAAAUAAAUAA